CAGUGCAUACUCUGCUGCAGAGUGAAUAUCUCAUUCUGGAGUGCAUUCAUUGUCAUAUUGUGGAAACAGAGCCAGUUUAUUGGACAUCCAAAAGGUGCCUGCAAGCAUCUCUGACGGAGGUCCACACGACAACUCCAUUCCCGGAACCUUCCGACUGCCGGAGAUACGAAGAGACACACAACAAUGCAACGGCUUCAGAACCCGAGCACAGUAGUGGAUGCCGCAUGCCUGGUGAAGACAUUGCAGGGUGUCGGAGCAGUGCGUUGCCUGAAGCUCUGCUAUCUGUCACUUCUGAUUCACAAAAUACCAACAAUGUGCAUUCGCUGUCAGAUGUGACUGCUACUAAUUCGAAUUUGCAGCAGUUGGAAAUUGCAGUUUCUGAUGCAGCUGACAUCACAGCACGCAGUACAGACUCCUGGCGUGUGACCAUUGAUGACAUGCCUGAUGAGAUUUUGGUAAAGAUCUUGUCUCACAUGUCUUUCAGUGAGCUCAUAGAUGUUAUACAAAAAGUGUGUCCUCGUUGGAGAAGGCUGUCCCAAGAUCCAGAGAUGUGGGAUGACAAGGAAUACCAAAUCCGGUACUGAAGAACUUGGUUGAGAAGUGCUCCAGACUAUGCACACUGUGAAUACCCAGUGAAUUGCUGAAGUCGGAGAAAUUUUCAGAGGCAGUGUCUCGUCUACAGCACCUGCGUGUGCUGGCUCUAGAGACACUCUCCCCGGAACACACACCUGUGCUGCGACCUUUGGGUGACGGAUGCCCACGACUAACCGAGGUAGACUUCAGAUGCACGAUUGUCGGUAUGGAUGAUCUGAGAUACUUCCUGAAUGCCAAGAGGAACACCCUUAAGUCCAUACACAUA